CGGUACCGACAUAAAGCGAAAAUGGAGGCCCAGUCCGAACGCACCAAGGACACUCCACUGUCGCUGGCCUGUUCCGGAGGACGUUAUCAAGUGGUGGAGUUGCUGCUGAUCAUGAACGCCAACCGUGAAAACCGUAACGUACCCGACUACACGCCACUCAGUGUGGCCACCAGCGGAGGUUACGUGAAAAACAUCAAGCUUCUGCUGAGUCAUGGCGCUGAAAUCAACUCUCAAACGGGCAGCAAGCUGGGAAUUUCACCUCUCAAGCUCGCGGCGGCCGUUGAGGUCAAGAACAAAAAGGGCAAAUCUCCACUUUGGCUCGCUGCCAACGGAGGCCACCUGGCGGUCGUGGAGGUUCUGUGCAACGCAGGAGCCGACAUCGAUUCCCAAGACAAUCGCAAAGUGUCCAGCCUAAUGGCAACGUUCCGUAAGGGCCACACCAAGGUCGUCAAGUGGAUGGUGAACUACAAACGGAAGAAGCGUAGAAAGGCUGAAAAGCGCGAACAGCAGCGCAAACUAGUCGAAGGCGAAGCCGAAAUCCAGUGCGAAAAAAAGUACCAGAACGUGCUUAAUCGGCAGCCUGCGCGUAUACGCUUUCACCUGAGCAAAGUCCCCGAAGAAUCGUUCGACAAACAAGGACCUGCCAACGAAACUCCGGCCAUUCGGUCCGCGUGGUUCAAGGUCGUGUUGGCGUUACUUCAGCACACGCCGUUCCUGGUGGCCGGGCGCUCGUGA